UGCCGGCUUCCGCCCCCCCCCCGUCGUUACAUGCCGAGCGGGAGGCGCCAAAGCAUCGCCGUCGAGUCAGCUCGCGAUCCGAGGCCUGUGCCCUGCCGCCCCGGUCCCGCCGCUCGAAAUCCCUCCUUGUCGGGAUGUUCGUGGCUCGGAGUAUCGCGGCCGACCACAAAGACCUGAUCCACGAUGUUUCCUUCGACUUCCACGGGCGGAGGAUGGCGACCUGCUCCAGUGAUCAGAGCGUGAAGGUGUGGGACAAGGGUGAAACUGGGGAUUGGCACUGCACAGCCAGCUGGAAGACACAUAGUGGGUCAGUGUGGCGAGUGACAUGGGCCCACCCUGAGUUUGGGCAAGUGUUAGCUUCCUGCUCCUUUGAUCGGACAGCAGCUGUAUGGGAGGAGAUAGUGGGAGAAUCGAAUGACAAACUGCGGGGCCAGAGCCAUUGGGUUAAGAGGACUACACUUGUAGACAGCAGAACUUCAGUGACCGACGUGAAAUUUGCUCCGAAACACAUGGGUUUGGUUCUGGCCACCUGUUCUGCAGAUGGAGUUGUACGGAUAUAUGAGGCCCCAGAUGUCAUGAAUCUCAGUCAGUGGUCAUUGCAACAUGAGAUAUCGUGCAAAUUAAGUUGCAGCUGUAUUUCCUGGAACCCCUCCAGUUCCCGUUCCCAUCCUCCUAUGAUUGCGGUGGGCAGUGAUGAUAGCAGCACAAAUGUGGGCGGAAAAGUUCAAAUUUACGAAUACAAUGAAAACACCAGGAAAUAUGCAAAAGCAGAAACUCUAAUCACCGUUACUGAUCCAGUGCAUGAUAUUGCAUUUGCUCCAAACCUUGGAAGGUCUUUUCAUAUCCUUGCAGUCGCAAAUAAAGAUGUUCGAAUUUUCACAUUAAAACCUUUGAGGUUUGCAGUAUCCACAGUGGUGGAAUGAAGGAAAUGAGGGAUUUACCUGAGGCGAUGGACUGUGGAGUUCUCAGGGUUAGAAGACAUUAUAGUC